CAAAUCGCAUGCCUGUAUUAAUAGCAGACUCGUGUGUCGAGCGUGCUCUUCUUCUUCUUCUCUAUAGCAGCCUCCAUUUUUUCUUCCUAAGGACAAGACAGGACAGGAACCAAACACAGCAUUGCUAACUUAAAACGCUAGCAGUGCAGUGGUUUUUAUCAUCAAACAUUGCCAAUCAUGGCUUCCUCUACCAUUUCUCCAAACUCCACAUUCUUCAUCACCAAAAAGGAUCCGGGUUUGUCGGCCUUUUCUUCAUCAUCACCAUCACCCUUUUCGAUCCCCAAAUGCAAGAAAUCAAUUUCAAAAAAAAUAGUAUCGGUCAUGUCUCCUCAGCAAUCAGAGCGCAGGCCUGCCACAACUGGCUCGGUCAAGACUGCGUUGACAAUGACAGAGAAAAUCUUUGCUAGAGCCUCUGAGAAGCCCCAGUUGAUCCCAGGUGAGAAUGUUUGGGUCAACGUUGAUAUCUUGAUGACCCAUGAUGUUUGUGGCCCUGGUUCUAUUGGGAUCUUCAAGAAAGAGUUUGGACAGGAUGCUAAGGUUUGGGAUCGUGAAAAGGUUGUCAUUAUACCAGAUCAUUAUAUAUUCACUAAAGAUGAACGUGCAAAUCGCAAUGUGGAUAUAUUGAGAGAUUUCUGCAAUGAACAAAAUAUAAAGUACUUUUAUGAUAUCAAGGAUCUUGGUAACUUCAAGGCUAACCCCGACUACAAAGGUGUAUGCCAUGUUGCACUUGCCCAAGAAGGUCAUUGCAGGCCUGGAGAGGUCCUGUUAGGAACAGACUCACACACAUGUACUGCUGGAGCAUUUGGCCAAUUUGCAACUGGAAUUGGCAACACUGAUGCUGGUUUCGUAUUAGGCACUGGGAAGCUCCUGCUCAAGGUGCCCCCAACUCUGAGAUUUGUAAUGGAUGGUGAAAUGCCUGAUUAUUUGCAAGCGAAGGACUUGAUUUUGCAAAUUAUUGGUGAAAUAUCUGUUGCUGGUGCCACAUAUAAAUCGAUGGAGUUUGUUGGCUCAACUGUUGAAAGUUUAACUAUGGAAGAGCGGAUGACAUUAUGCAACAUGGUUGUUGAAGCUGGGGGAAAGAAUGGUGUUGUCCCUGCUGAUAGCACUACAUUCAAAUACCUUGAGGAUAAAACGACUCUGCCAUAUGAACCAGUUUAUAGUGAUGCACAAGCAAGAUUUCUUUCAGAAUACAGAUUCGAUAUCUCAAAAUUGGAGCCAUUGGUUGCAAAGCCUCAUUCUCCUGACAAUCGUGCUUUAGCAAGAGAAUGCAGAGAUGUCAAAAUUGACAGAGUAUAUAUCGGAUCUUGUACUGGUGGAAAAACAGAGGAUUUUAUGGCUGUAGCCAAAGUCUUUCUAGCUUCUGGUAAAAAGGUCAAAGUUCCCACAUUCCUUGUCCCUGCUACCCAAAAGGUUUGGAUGGACGUAUACACUCUCCCAGUACCAGGAUCUGGUGGCAAGACUUGCGCCCAGAUUUUUGAAGAAGCUGGGUGUGACACACCUGCAAGUCCUAGCUGUGGUGCCUGUUUGGGAGGCCCUAAAGACACUCAUGCUCGCAUGAAUGAGCCUAUGGUCUGCGUCUCCACAACAAAUAGGAACUUCCCUGGCCGUAUGGGACACAAGGAAGGCCAGAUAUAUCUUGCCUCUCCUUACACGGCUGCAGCAUCUGCUUUGACUGGUUUUGUCACUGAUCCAAGGGAGUUCUUACAGUAGGCAUUGGUGUCAUGUUUCUUUGCACACAAAACUGUACCCGUAAUUUAGUAAUGUGGGAGAAUAAAUAAUUGGUGCUAUUCCGAGUCCAAAAAUUUCUAGCAUGUCUCAACCGUUAUGCUGCUUGAAUGUAACAUGUUUACUUGAGGUACAAUAUCGCACUUUAACCAUUUUGAAGUGUUCAUGUACAAGGGAUUGUGGUACGGAUGGAAUAUGUUGCUUAUAAUGGCACUUUACCCUAUUUUACUAUGA